GGAAUAAGCCGAAGUACAGCCUCAGGGAGGAAUAGCAAUACUGAUUUAGUGAAAAGAUAGAUACUUCUGCACACUAGAGACGCAAAAUAAAGCCAACAUGGGCGUUCCAGGGCUGUUGCAGUUCCUGCGGGAGAACAUAAAUUUCAAGUACGCUUUUUCAGAGGGCAAGAAGCCAAAGGAAGUCGGUACGGACUGGGAUGCGAUCUAUGUUGAUUUCAACGCGUAUGCUCAUGUGGUGCUGGACAAGACUACGAAUCCCACGUGCGAAAAACUGUGCGCAGAAAUCGGCGCGUAUUUGGAGAAAUUGCUACAAAACUGCAUUGGUGCACCAGCUUCGGAUGAUCCAGCCGCAUUGCCGGCAACAAGGAAAUGUCUUGUCUACCUGGCCUUUGAUGGGGUCCCGUGUAAAGCCAAGAUGCUUGCCCAGCGAAGCCGUUCCCGAAAGGAGGAGGACAAGUGGAAAAACGCGAUCAAGCCCGGUACUGAGCUGAUGCAGAAACUGGCAGAGUAUCUGAAAAGUGAUUGGCGACCGAAGCUCGGUAAGCAGGUGGAGAUCCAGGUAAGUGGAACGGAUGAGGCCGGCGAGGGAGAGGACAAAAUUUUUCAAGAUUUGCGCCGCCGCAGAGUUCAGCGCGCAAAGCUACAGCUUCGUCAGGGAGCAGAAAGCACUGCGGUCGUGGAGCGCUUUCGUGCGUGCGUGAUUGGAUACGACUCUGACUUGGUUUUAUUGACCAUCGGCGCUUGCAUCGGAGAUAUCAUUCCCAGUGACCACCUGGCAGAAGUACCAGACUCUGCAUCACGGUUGCCAGAGGACGAUUUGUGGAUGUGGUAUUCAGCAUCCGGUUCCGGAACCGGUGCCGGGCCGUGCCUGUUUAGCCAAUCUAAUUUUUUCGAACGCUUGCGAAAAAUCCUCGGCUACGAUGGAGCACACUAUUCGCCACACCUCCAGAGGGAGCUUGACGCUUUUAUUGCCACGGACCUGUUGGCGUUGUCGCUGUUGUGCGGAAACGAUGUGCUGCCCGGAUUUCCAGUGGACAUCGCGAAGCUCUUCGAGCAUUAUUUGGAGCGCACGCGCAGAAUCCUGCGCAGUGCGCAACAAAGCGGAAGUGGUGAGAAAGACAUUCUGGUUGAGUUCGAGAGCGAAGGACGCGUUGUGACGGACCGACCGAGGCCAGAUUCCGAGACUGAUCAGGUCUUCCGCCUCGUUGCGAUUCCUUCCAACGGUGUGCUGCUCGAGUUGCUCGAGGGGGCGAUCUCUUGGAACCUCUGCGACUGGCUCCAGGCGACAAGCGUUUCGGACCUUCUGACGUCGCUCGCACGUGGUGGCGAAGAAGAAGAACAGGAUGAAGAUGAGGCGAUUCACCGAAAAACUGAUUUGGUUGACCGGCUCAAACGCACCCAGGGCGAAAUUUGUUGCGCCGUACCUGCUGCGGAUAUUGAAGUAUUUGGCGUCCACUACCUGCGCGCAUAUCUCUGGCAGGUCGAGGUCUUGAUUAACUCGGGAAGACCGGAGAUAGCUGACGUAAAUGAUGUUGGAUUCGCCAAGACCGAAAGUUUGAUCGAUGCAGAGAGCUUCAUUGACUUUCUCGGCUUUUUCCUCCAGCAAGCGCAGGACAGGGUUCUCCCAUUCAAGGGGCCAGAAUACUCGAAGGCGAAUGCCAUUCACGACCUGCAUCCGCUCACGUGCUGCGUAAUGGCUUUGCCGUAUGAAAAAGUGAGUCAAGUAGUUUCCCCUCGAACCUGGGAUCGCAUCGCGAAGAUCAUUCCGCAUGUCGGCUCGGUGAAACGCACAGAGGACCAAAAUUUCACGGAGGCCGGGUUGCAGGCCGCGCUCAAACGGUUCAACUUUCUCCGGUACGGCAGCGGCUUGAGCGCCACAAACUUUGACUCCCGGAUUGGAGAGCUGUUGACAGCGCGGGAUGAGUAUCGCCGGCUGCGCAGUGACUACUCCAAGAACGUUGGAGAAGCAGAGCGACGCAAGCUGAUGGCCAUCGACCUGAACGGUCUGAAUAACGACAUCGUGGCGGCUUUGAAGUAG